AUGAUCAACCUAGAUAUAGAAAACCUUAACGAUGUUAAUUUAAUUUUAGAAAGGCUUGAGGCACACGACAGAUUUAUCGAAGCGAAAAUUGAGUUGUUCGAAGAAAUUGAUCAAUCGCCCCACAGUUACAGCGCCAGUGUUGGUGCGAACCUCACAGGGGAAAGCAAAAACGGGAAGGAAAUUACAUCCUCAAAUAUACAAACAUUCAACUCCGUUGGUACAUCAACAGAGACGAACAACUCCAUCGAUUGUAGCAACAAACGUGGGACACACAAAACUUCGAUAAAGAAAAAAGUACCAGAAGUUUUAAACACGAAGGAAAAAAAAAACAUUCUCACAAACGUAAUCAACAUAUUAAACUAUGUAUUCCCAGAUUAUGAAUUUAAGUUUUUAAAUAAAUCAAAUUUGAAGCAAAUAAAAAAUAUGAACACAGUCAUAGAUAACAUUAACUAUAAUUUAUUUUAUGUCAUUGAGAAUAUAUAUAGAGGUUUCAACAAAAGAAUUUGGAAGAUUUUAAAAGAGUUGAUCGACUUUAAACAUUGCGAUGUUUACACUUACUUGAACGACACUGAUAAUGAUCCCUAUGUGGACAAAGAAAGUAUUUCAAGUUUUAAUUAUUUUUUUUUUGCCAAAAAAAAUAAAAGAAUUCUGUUCAUUUCAUGUAUUACCAAGCCAAAAUAUAAACACCAAAAUGAUGAAGACUUUAACAAUAUAUUUUUAGGCAUUCAAGAUGAGCCCUCCAUUAAUAAUCAAAAUGCAUACGACGAAGAAAAUUCAUCAAGCUAG